AUGGUUCAUAUCGGCACAUCAUCGCUAUCUUCGAAAGCGUCGAAAAUUAGGAAGAAGAAUGCUAAGUCUGGUGGAAAAGAUUCAAAGGUAGCUCCGGAAACCUUGAGAGAAUCUUUGCCUAGAAUUUCGACAGGAGAACAGGCUAGGCUUGCGAGCCGAUCAUCAGAUCCCGUUAAUCCUUGGGCAAAGAGACUUUCGACGGGUGUUGCAGAAAAAUCCGAAGAUUGCCAAAUGCGGGGUGCCGACGGUGGAAAAUUGCCCCAGCAUCCAAAAAAAGGGGUACCUGAAUCGGCAAAACGGCCAUCGCUAGAAGAAAAGGGUUCACAGUGUGAUAAAAAUGUCCUCGAGAGUGCGGCUCAGAAUCGAGACGCUGAUGCUGAUUUUCCAGAAGAGGGCCAGCAACCGUUUCAGGCAGUGCAAGAGCAUAAGUGGAAGCAAACGCUCGUCGAGUCGCAGGAUAGCCAGCGACAGCUGCUCGUAAAAGUGCAGCAGCUUGAGCACCAGCUGGUACAACAGAGCCAACGAUGUAUUGAAUUGGACCGAGCUUGGAAGAAGUCGACUGCCCUGCUAACUCAGCUGCAAGGGCAAGAUCCACACGACAAAGUAGACGACUCCACCCUUCAAGGCUUGUAUAGUGGGUUGGUAUUCGAUGUUUCCAACUGGUCAGCAAGCUUCUGCCGCGGCCGCUCCAUGCGCAUCGUUGAUACAAAGAGGCCAAUGCUCCACAGCCUGAGUCCGGCUUAUGCAGUCUACAUCCAUGACGAAAAGCUUCGACCGUUUCUCCUUCAGAGCUUGCUCAUGAGACUGCUGGUGAAAGAGGUGCUGAAUUUCGACUCUGACGGCGGCCUUUGGUGGGCUGGAGGCCUGUGCAAGCCACUACGACAAAUCUACACCGAGCUCAUGCCUUUCGAGCUUCUCGAAGACCCGGAAUCGAAUCAACUCUCACAGCUCGCAGAGAUCCGUGACUACGCGAGAUGGAAGGCGAACGGCGCGCUUUUGAUAGGAAAAAGAGCCGAGAGACAGGUCGUGAAUACGGGUAUCGAUAGGGUGGUAUCAAAGUUCAAGCAAGACUUGUAUUUGUACGUGCCAGCCUCAAAGGACGAAGUCUGGACGGAGCUGCGAGAGAUCGUGGCCAAGGCAGUGAUGCUAGACGAGGAGAUGAAUAAAUCGAGAGCUCUACUAACAGUCAGUGACUGGGGUGAAGAGGACUUCAAGUGGAUGCAGUUUGACGAGGCUUGCAUGGAAUCCGCGGUCGGAUUUGCAGCUGCGCGCCCGGGAAUGUCGGUGGAGCUUGUCCUGGCGCCCGCCUUAGUCAAGACGGGUACCGCAGAUGCCAAAGCCCUCGCCUUCCUCUUUCUACUAUCAACAGCCCUCGCCCUACCAAAUGUAACCAUCAAAGCCCUCCCCGCCGGCUGCGUUUCGUACCCAGGCUACAAUGCCAAUACACAUAGCGCAGGUCCAUGGGCUUUCAGCCUUGUCGACAGCGACAAUCCUGCGCUCGAAGGCUUUGGCGACAACACCGCCUUCUCGGUGUCCAACUCGCCUGAGACAGGACCUGUCAUGGAGCGGGGAUUUCUCACGAUUUACCACCGUAACACCGUCGGCACACCCCUUCAGUGCAUGGAAAAAGCCCUUUACGUGUACACGGAACCCACGCUGAACAGCAAGGGUGUACCUGUCGGCGAGGAUUGGACGCCACUCGUUCUUUCCCCGUUUCCCCACAACGCAAGUCUGGUAUAUCUGGCGGACGGGCAGCAGCCUAGUCUGUACGAGCAUUACGUCCAAGGAAAGAAGCAGGGUGACGUCUUCGUAGGAGGGUAUAAUACGACGACUUGGGGAGUGCAGUGGAGUAAAGAGGGUGAGGGGUCUAUGAAAGGUCCCUACUUUCAUCUCAGACUGCUACCCGAGGGCCAGGGGUUGAAGGUGAAUGAGACGAAGACGUUCCUUAAGAUUCAGCUGUAG